AUGGAUUAUGCAAACAAUGGUAAUUUAAGAGUAAACUUAACAAGAAUAAUUAAAAUUAAUUGGUAUCAAAAAUUAUAUAUGUUACAUGAUAUUAUUUCUGGACUUUAUGAUAUACAUCUACAAAAUCUUGUUCAUUGUGAUUUUCAUGAUGGCAAUAUUUUAAAUCAUAAUGAGAGGAAAAUUUAUAUUAGUGAUUUAGGAUUAUGUCAACCUGUAAAAUCAUUUUUGAAAAAAUAUGAUAUAUUUGGUGUUAUACCAUUUAUGGCACCCGAAGUUUUAAGAGGUAAUUCUUAUACUCCAGCUAGUGAUAUAUAUAGUUUUUCUAUGAUUAUGUGGGAAUUUACAUCUGGGGUACCACCAUUUAAUAAUAUAGCACAUGAUUUUCAACUUAGUUUAAGUAUUUGUGAAGGUGAGCGUCCUGAAGUUAUUAAAAAUACUCCACAAUGCUAUAAAGAUUUAAUGAAAAAGUGUUGGAAUGAAGAUCCAUUAAAAAGGCCAUCAUCUGAAGAAGUGUACAAUAUUAUUAAAGGAUGGGUUCUUCCUCCUAAUGAAAUUAAAAAUAUUAAUGAAGAAUUAAAAUGCAAUAUUAUGGAAUUUAUAAAUGCACCAAUUGAGAAUAACAAUCUUGUUACUGAAUUUCAUCCACAAACAUGUUAUAUAAGUCGUUUACUUGACUUUACUAGUAAAGAAUUGAAUGAAAUUCUUGAAAGUGAAGAUUCACAAACUUAUUAUGUAAGCUAUUCUUCUACUGGUAUAACUGAAGAUUUGGAUGACUGUAAAAUUUAA